UAUUCGUUACCAGCGUUCGUUGCACGAUUGGGAUGUCGGUGGUCUCAUCUGAAUUUGUGUAUAAAAAAUACGUGAAUAUUUAUUACAAUAACCAUAUAGUUUUAAAAUAGAACUAACAGAACGCUAUUUUAGUAUUUUAUGUAUAAAUAUCAUUAGUAUUAAUUUCUUUAAACAAUUUUAUUGACUCGCGUCUGUAACGGCCGCUAUCAUGAAACCUGGAGGUGGUACGAAAGUUUCUGCCGCCAAAACUGCUGCUUCUGAGGAUAAGGUCAGAAAGUCUUUGCACGUUUUGCAGCCAUCAGCCACGGACAAAGAAAAUUUAGUUGGCGGAGGGAGAAUGCUUAGAUCCGCUCUGCCAGUGAAAGAGGCAAAUAAAAACGAAGUGAAAGAGAAACCAAAAACUGAGCCCACAAAACGUAAGAAGGUAACUUUUAAGGAUAAAGCUGUUCAGACCCCUAGAGGCGGAAAGAUUAAAAUCGAGGUUGAAGAUCUCACUUCUGAAGCCGGACCUAGCGAAAAUUAUUGGGAAGUAUUAGCUGAAAGACGACGGAUAGCGCUGGAAGAUGCUUUAGAAGACAACAGAGAAUUAAAUGAUCGCGUUGAAAAACUGCAGGAAGAAAAUCGCGUAUAUAAAGAAAUGUUGGACGAAUCGCGAGCACUAAUCGAAGUUCUACAGGAAAUGCUUGGAGAAGACAGAAAUGAUAUAAAUAAUUCUCUGGAUGAUAGUACACUUUAAUUUAGUGUUUUGUAAUUAACUUUCAACCAGUGCCUUAUGAUUCAAACAUAAAAAUAAGCAUCUCCAUAUUGGAGAUUUAUAUGACAAAAAAGAGUCUGAGUAAAAAAAAAAAGUUUUUAUAUAGUUAGGGUUAAUUUUAGUUAUGUAUUCACGAAAGAAUCGUUCAUAAUUUACCAGUUAUUUGAAUAAGAUUAUAACUGCGACUACGAUCAUGUUCACCUCAUAGGAUACUACUUAUAAUGAUAUAAAUAUAUAUAUAUAACUUUCAUUAUAAUUAAUAAAUUAAUUUUCUAGAA